AUCACUCUCAGCAGUGCACCGAGCAAAUCCCUGUCCUUAUACCGCCUUCCCGCUUCUUCUUGAAUCUCAUCAUUCGAGACUUGAGAGAGAGAGAGAGACUACUCCUGUAGAUAGAGAAAAAGGGGCUAUUAAAAAUCCAUAUAUAUUAAUAUACUGUAUAUAUAGAAAGAGAAAGUAGUACUCUGAUCGAUUUCUAUAGAAUGUUAGAAAGAGAGUUUGAUGGUGAGUUCUGCGGAAGAGGUCCUGCAAUGGACACUCCAGAGCGGAACCAGAUCACCACUCCCAUCUCCAAAUUCGAGGACUCUCCUGUCUUUAACUUUAUCAACGGUCUUUCUCCCAUCAAGCCGGUUAAGUCCAUGCACAUUACUCAGACAUUUAAUUCGCUUAGUUUUGCAUCCCCUCCAUCCGUUUUCACUUCACCACAUGCCAGUUCCUUCAAGGAUUCCGUUUUCUUAAGAAGGCAUCAAUUCUCAAAUCCAUCAAACUCUGGGUUUUCUGCUGAGAAUGGAAACAAAGUGGAUACGAAUGAAGGGGUUACAGAUGUUACUUAUAACUCCAUUGAGCAUCAGAAGUUUGAUCAAGGAAGUUCCUUUAAAGAAGCUUCUGUUGAAGCACCUUUUGAAUGUUCAAAGCUUGUAACAGAGCUCUCACAAAACUUAGGCAAUGAUUAUAGUAUCGCUGGAUGCAGUUCAACACCUCAGUGCGGCACUGAAACCAACUGUGUGUCUGAAUUGACUUGCACAUCUACAUCACUAGGUCCAUUUCAUCAAGAGGUCUCUGAUAAAAGCUUGUUUGGCAAUGAAGUGCAUUUAAAGGGAACAAGCCAACUUGAACAAGGUAAGGAAGGAGCAGGAUGUGAUUGGGAGACCUUGAUUUCCGAUGCUGGUGAUCUAUUGAUUUUUGAUUCUCCCAAUGAUAGGAAUUCUUUGAAGUGCCCCUUUCAGAAAUCACUGGAUCCUGGAACAGAGUUCUGUACUUCUCUUAUGUCACAGUUUAUGGAUGAUGAUAUUACUGAUUUGCAGAAAACACAAGUGGUUGGUUCAGUUAAUUCUGGCGAACAUGAAAUGGAAAAUCAUUCCACUCAUCUUGAAGAGGGCAGUGAUCUAAAGGAAAUUGGUGAGACAGAAGAUGUUCUUGCUAGCACUUAUUUGAAUCAUUGUGUAGCUGAGAAGCCGAGUGAGAAAUUGGAUGAUGAGCCUGUCCCUGUUCUGCAACGUGGUAUGAGAAGGCGAUGUCUGGUCUUUGAGAUGGUGGGAGCUCGCAGAAAGCACUUCGAUGAUAGUUCGAGUUAUGGUUCUUCCACAUUAUCACAAUCUUAUGGAAACAUUGUUUCUAAUGAUAAGGAGAUGGGUCCUGAAAGGCCUGGCAAUGACUCCACAAGGUGCAUUCUUCCUGGAAUUGGUUUGCACUUGAAUGCUCUCGCAACCACUUCAAAGGACUACAAUGUUGGCAAACAUGAAAAUUUGGCUUCUGGAAGGCAGUUAACAAAUACUCCUAACUCAACUGCCUCUUUGUAUUCUUUAACUUCCGGUCAAGAACCCUUGAAUAAAUCUCUGGCAGCAACCUCUGUGGAAAGAGACAUGGUUUCUGCUGAAAAUGGAGUUCAGGUUAUAGAGGAUGCUUCUCAGGCCUCUGGAUUAGUUUGUGAAGAGUUCAAUCAGUGUAGUCCGAAAAAGAAGAGGCGUAGGUUGGAAAAUGCUGGAGAUCCUGAGGGGUGUAAGCGUUGUAACUGUAAGAAAUCAAAAUGCUUGAAACUUUACUGUGAAUGCUUCGCUGCUGGUGUCUAUUGUGUGGAGCCAUGUUCAUGUCAAGACUGCUUCAAUCAGCCUAUUCAUGAAGAUACUGUCCUUGCAACUCGCAAACAGAUCGAAUCUCGCAAUCCGCUUGCAUUUGCGCCCAAAGUGAUUAGGAAAUCUGAUACUGUACCCGAAACUGGGGAUGAAUCCAGCAAGACUCCUGCUUCAGCUCGACAUAAAAGAGGAUGCAACUGCAAGAAAUCUGGUUGCCUAAAGAAAUACUGUGAAUGCUAUCAGGGUGGCGUAGGAUGCUCCAUUAACUGCAGAUGCGAAGGGUGUAAGAAUGCAUUUGGUAGAAAGGAUGGGUCUGUUUUAAUAGGGGCAGAAGCUGAACCAGAAGGAGAAACAGAAACAUGGGAGAAGAAUGUGGUGGACAAAAGUUCACUGAAAACUGUAAUCCAGAAUGAUGCAGAGCAGACCUUAACACCUUUACGGUUCAGCAGAUCGUCAAUCCAGCUGCCAUUUUCCUCCAAAGGCAAACCACCGCGAUCUUCCUUUCUUCCCAUUGGAUCCUCUUCCGGGUUCUUCAGUAGCCAAAGGUUCGGGAAGCCUAAUCUCUUUCAACCUCAAUCCAAAUUCGAGAAGCAUCUCCAAACUGUCGAGGAAGACAACAUGCCUGAGAUUCUUCAAGGAAACUGCUCUCCCAUCACCGGCAUCAAGAUUAGUUCACCCAACAGUAAAAGAGUCUCCCCUCCUCACAGCGAGUUUGGGUUGUCCCCUGGUCGGAGUAGCAGCAGGAAGUUGAUACUGCAAUCCAUUCCUUCCUUUCCUUCUCUUACCCCCAAGCAUUGAAGUCAAAUUUCUGCAUGCAAUGGAAUUCUUUCCACUUUUCAACUCAAUCUCGUUGUUCUUCAUCGUCACGGUGACCAUCGCAAAAAAUACUGGUCAGCGAAAGAUGAAAAGGGGUUCGCAUGAAUAAAAUUACUAAUUCGGAGCGUAGAGGUAGAUGCUUGUUAUAUUUUAAAAUUGCAUUGAGAUUGUUGUAAAAGGGUUGGUAUUAACCCUUGAAGCCUAGGUGUUUACUUAUCAAAGAGAGACAGACUUGCGAAGCUUUGUAAGAGUUUGCCUUUAAUUCUGCGAAAAAGAGCUUUUUGAUAGUGGAAGUUUGAAAUCUCAAGAGGGGUUGCUCUCGAGUUGUGGAUGUAGGCAAGGGGUUUAAACCCCAUAAAAAUCUCCUGUUCUUGAGUUUGUCUCUCUAUUACCAACUCUCUGCAUUUAGUUG